ACAUUUGACGUCAUUAGGAAUACGUCAUUACUUCCUUCUUGUGCUUUGUACAUCUUCCGUGUAUAUUUGUUUAUUUUUUUGAAACAAACAAUUGUUAUUGUUGUUCGAAGAAGAAUAUACAAAUCAAUCGAUAGAAUAACAAGAAUAACACAAUGCCAGCAAAAGAGGACGCCAAUUUGUCAAUAACAACGGAUUUAAAUAAUUCGUCUUCAUUUCAUUCAUUCACCAGCCACCACAAGCGACAAGACAUCAUUACAAUCGCAAAUUUGAGGGGAAGAAAUAAGAAAGAAGUGUUGCUGGAUUUACGUCUAAUAUCGCUGUUCAUUGGAUUUGCCUGUACAAUUUUGAUCUAUAAAAUGGUUAUUGUUAUGCCCUAUUCGAACAUGGAGAAUGCUGUAAAUUUUAAAGGAUUCAUUGAAGACAGCUAUCGUAAUGCCAUCGUAUGGGCCAAUGAUCACGAAUUGUACCAUACACUUAAACCCAUUGUGUGUGGCUUACUUGUUGCCAUAUUUGGUUACAGUUUGGUAUAUUUAGAUAGUAAUGUACCGGGUGUUAACCCUCCAUCGCCAUUUUCACCCAGGAAAAAAGUGAUUUACUAUCAACAAAAGAGCAGUAUUCACUUGGGAUAUUUAACCGCCAUGGCUGCAGGCCUAAUCAUUGCAGUUCUCAUGUAUUUAGACUUAUAAAUAUUCACAAUGCAGAGCUGUUGUACAGUGGCAAUUUAAUAUCUACUUUAGGAUUUAUUUCAUACAGACAUAUUUCAUUAUUUGUUUUUUGAUAUUUGAUCUGGAUCAAAAGUAACUUAUAAUGCAAUUUUCCUUUUAAGUACAAAAUAAUAUAGGUUCUUCCUAGUAGUUAACAAGAAUUAAUCAUAAAAAGAAAACAAAAAAUGCUUUAAAAUUCCUUCUAAGCACUAACACAAUAAGUAUUAAUAUUCUAUAUAUACAAGGCUAUAUGAUAAGAAAAAUGAAUAAAUAUACAUAUUUUUAUAGAUAUA